GACAAGUGAUUUUUUUCUCUGUAUUUUAUAUACAAAUAUAAAACUUAUUAUAGCUUAAAAUUGAAGGGUGGAGAAAAAAGAAGAAAAAAAAAAGGAGAAGGAGGAGGAAGGGGAGGGGAAGGAGGUAGGAGUAAUAAUAAUUGUGGAGAGAAGCUUAAUUCUGUCAGUCAUUGUCAAAUUAUUACAAAAAAAAAAGAAAGAAAAAAACGUAAAAUACCUCCAUUCAUUAUUCUUUCUUCUUUCAAUUUUUUUUUUAAAGAAAAAUAAAUAAAUAAUACUAAUCAUUCAAAUGACCGAUAAUUCAACUGAAAUCAAUAAUAAUGAAGAAGAAGCUGAUAGCCACAGUUUGACCAGCAUGACGGCAUUUUCAAUCAUGUUUGUCAGUAUAGGCAUGUCAUGUUUUAUAUGGCAAACUUUAACAACGGGUUGGAUGAUGUAUAAAGCAAGAAAACCCAUUAUUGGUCUUGUCUUUUUUCAAGCAUUUUUAGGCGUGAUAGUUACAUUUGUGACUCUUUUGACAUCUCUAACAACUAUUGAUUGCACCUUUCGACUGCUAUUCUCUGUAAUAGGUGUUAAUAUCGGUAAUAUGUCCUUACAAUUUGUUUUACUAUGGAAGGCAUAUUUAGGAAAUAAUCGAUCCAAGCUAAUUUUAUGUGUGGGCUGUGUUCCCAUCUUGAGCAUUGCUGCUUUUAUAUGUGCAAAUAUGACAAUAGGCAGAUCAGUAUCCUCUAUGAAAGUUGGUUACUGUGAUACUAAAUAUCCUGUUGAAAUCGUCAUUGCAAAAACCGUUAUUGAUUGUACAUCAAAUACCUUUUUAUCAGGUUGCUUUAUUCUAGUAAUUUAUAGACAUUAUCGUAUUCUUGGAAGUGGUAUUCAAAAGACAUUAAUACGUGAAGGACUUAUUUACUGUUUUGGUGUUUGUUUAUCUAAUAUUUUGACAGGAAUAUUAGUAGCUAAACAAGUAUUUGGGGGAAAUUCGCCUAUUAUUUAUACCAUUGACUGGUAUCUUGCAUCUUAUUUGAUUAUAAAACAAUUAAAAUACAAAAAAAUAGCUUCGUCUGAUGAAAAUGACGAAGAAGACGAUGAUGAUGAAGAUAGCAUCACUAUUGAUUCUUUAGAAAAGAAAAAAACUUUAGACGAGGAGAUUCUUCAAACUUUGCCAAGUAAAAAGCAAAUUAAUACACAGCAUUAUUCCAUAGAUGGUACCUUAGUGCCAUCACCUACUUCGGCCAUUACACCCUAUCAUAGUCAUUUUGAUGAUACAAAGUUAUCUGAUUUGACAAUUGAUUACAAAAGACAGAAAUCAACAAUCUUAAUAUCACCGCCUAUUAUUCAGGGACAGGCUUCUCUAUUUUUAGAUGACCAAGAUGAUGUACAUAUGGGGCUCAAAUAAUGUAUUAAUAAAGACAGAUCCACAUACAAUGGAUAAUAACUAAU